AUGUACCCUCUAAUAGCCAUGACGUGGUGGCUUAAAUUAUCACUUGACAGGCAAUCUAUAACUGCAUUAAGCAAAUACAUACGUGCUGGAUCUUUUGGCAGUUUAAUAUUCACUGUUUGGUUGGCAAACAGUCUAUUUUGGAUUCAAUUGUUUGGCAAUGAAUUCUUAUCCAAUUUAGCGAACCCUCCGUUGCGUUCAAUAAACAAUCGCACCCAAACGGCCCGACACCGGGAAGUGGCCAAUCGUGUGCCAAAAGUGCGGGUUGUGUACGAUCCGCGAUUUCCCAACAUGGAAUUAGGCGCUGUAAAUUAUUGCAGUGGUGUGACCGGGACUUACACCCCGACGCUCUCACUUCCCGGCCGUCACUCCUGCAAUUGUAACCGUCAGCUUAUAGCAGAGCGUGCAUAUCUGGGCAUUCGCGGGCAGAGCUAUAAUAGGCAAAGUAUACCUUAUCGGUCGUCCUUGACAGACCCUGGUAACCGUGAUAAAUGA